UCAAGCACCAUUGUGCUCGCGACCUUUGCACCACCUGGCGACCGCUAGAGGCAAACCCCCUUCAACCUCGAGCAAGUGAGGGGACCCCUUCUUUGAAAAUAUAAAAAAAAGGAACACUCAGAGCGGCCGCGAAAUGGACGUAUUUCUCAUGGUCCGGAGGAAGAAAACCACCGUCUUCCUGGACGCCAAGGAGACCACCUCGGUCCGGGAACUGAAGAAGAUGAUUGCGGGCAUCACCAAGGUCGCUCCCGAAAACCAGAUGCUCUACAAGGACGAGCAGUGCAUGGACGACAACAAAAUGCUCACCGAGUACGGGCUCAACAGCAGCACGGCCAAGGCUCAAGCCCCGGCCACCGUGGGGCUCGCCUUUCGAGAUCCGGACUCGGGGAAGUUCGAGAACCUCGACGUGACGCCGCUGUCCAGCCCGCCCGAGCUACCGGACGUCAUGAAGCCGCCCGAGUCGCAGGCCCACGAACAAACUGUCGCUUGAAGACAUCGCGGCAAGCACUCGUGCCUAUGGCGUUCCGGGAGAGCUUUAUUUUUUCGUUCGACCCCGAUGUUUUGGGGGGUGUUGCGCGGGUUGACGCAGUAGGUUUAACGGCUAUGAUAAAAGAAACAGAAGACAGCCGCGAAAGAGACUGGCCUGUGUAUGUGCGUUCCGUUCAUUUUUUCUUUCUUUAGGGCGGCUGAACCGUCCUUGGUUUUUGUUGCGUAUGCUGCGCCUCACGGGGUUAUGAAAUAAACAACUUAAAGAUAGGGCAGUGCGAUGCUUCCUAACUGUUGUUUUUGACCGCUACUGUAUCUCGGACAGUUAGUUUGGGGUCGAUAAACACAACGCUUUUAUCAUUUCUCCGGUAUUGUACCCGGCCAGCCGAAACCAUCGCACACCUGCUUUAAAAAUCAGUUUUCUGUGCCCCCGCCAGAGCGUUUUCGACCCGUGAAGUGAUUUUCAACAGUCGUCGAGCUUUUCUGGUGUGCCUGUUUCCAAAACCCGAAAGUCACGCACCCACGAAGCACUUUCGAAGCAUCAAACCAUGUCACGUGACCCCUAUUUGGCAUGAGCGCAGCGAGGUGUUCCCAAGAUAGCCGAUCUGUUGGGGGACGUGGUUUUUUUUUUUUGUUUUGUUUUUGUGUUGAACUGUAGUCAGUUGGUUUGCCAAGUUUCUGUGUUACCAAGCGUGCUGGUGAUGUAGCAAUAAGGUGUUAAUGUCUCCACUUUUCGAAUUGUUUUGGGGCCCCGCCUUUCAUCUUUCAAGCUCGUCUGUCAUAUCGUACUGAUCAAAACUUUCCUCUUCUGCAUUUGACUCAAAAUUUACGUUUUUCUGGAACGUUCAAACCCUUUUGGUCUAUAGUCUACCACAUACUACUGCCUCCGGAUUGCUGUAAAGCUGAUGGAACAAUCACCCGCGCCAUUUGACCAACACACUUUAGACCCCACUUCAUUCCAUGUUGUACAUGCCUCCCAUGUACGUUUUUAAAAGUCGCCCGGUAGGCUCGCAUGUAUCAAACGGAAGAUGCAUUUGAUGGGGUGCUGUCCCCUGCUCUGCAGUCUAGCCCCAUUUCGGGUGAUCAACAGUCGUCUGCGGAACGUUGCGAAAUUAAAGCCGAGUCGUCGGAUGUACAUCUUUCUGAAACGUCAUUUGUGGCCACGGUCAGUAGGUGCAGCUGUAACUUCACAUAGCUACAUUUUCGAAUAGGCACUGUUCACAUUUUAACAAGAGUUGUUUGCAUGUGAAAUCCUGAGUGGUGAGAAAAAAAAUUUGUACUUAAGUCUGUAACCCACGAUACUUGUGCUUGGAAUAUUAAAAGUUGUUUCACGAGGC